AUGCAGUUUCGUGGAGGUUUAGCGGCGCAGUUCAAAGUCACCGGGUUUUCCUUUCGUGGCACCAACGGUCGGCCUUCUCGAGCCAGUUCAGAUGCCUUAGCCGAAGCCUGGAUCAACGAGAUGGAUCCUGCCACUGCUCAAGAGUACCUGAGUUUGGAGGAGUUGCCCGAGGGCGAGGAGUCAGAUGGUCAGGCCGAAGCCCCCACAGGUCAGACCGAGCCAGAUGUGGUGAGCCAGCUGCAAGCUCGAAUCAUUCAGCUGGAAGGGCUUCUUCAGAACGCAAACCAGCCCAAUCCUCGUGUUCUUCGUUCUGUGUGCGAGCCAAAAGCUCAAAGUGGGGCUCCAGCCCCCAAGGCACCCGGCUUGUUUCAGGGGGCUCAGUCAAGUCAGCUGACGCCUCAAGAUUGGGCCAGGUUGCAGAGCCUAGCGGGCAGUCCGCCCCCUCGAGUUGCUGGCGUCGAAAGACGUCGCCCAGAUCCACCCGCAGUUCAAAAGUUGCAGGAGAACUUGUACGCAGACCUCGAGAAGGAGGCCGUCGAAGACGAGGUGAGCCUAGCCCUCAAACCUCUAGAAGGCCAGUUGAACGAGAGCUCUCUGGAUCCAAUGCAACAGAUGGUCCUGGCGCAGUUGCGCCAGAAUCAACUACUGCUGCAAAAGUUGAUCGGCAACAAGCCGCAAGACCCAGUGAUGAGGGUGUUGGGGUCAAGCGGCUCGGACAGCGGAGGAGGCAGCUCUGGCGGAGGAGUAAAGGGAUGCCUGGCCCGGGAAGCCUUCAUUCAUGCCAUUCAGGACUUGCCAGAAGUUUCCAGAGUAGUUCGCCGUGCAGCUUUGAGAGAACUAGGUCUGAGCUCAGACCGGGAAGAUGGGAACUUGAUGAGAAAGUACAUGGAGAGGCGGAUACCUCUUGCAGAUCAUCGCCUCCUGGCUCAAUUUGCUGGUCUGAUCAGCGAAGGUUGGGCAGUCGGCUACGAGGCUGGGAACGAGCAGAUGCUCGGCACUCUGGGUCGCAUGAUGAUUUUUGUGGAACAAUGCGCCCUGGACUCAGGAAACUUGGCAUACCUCAAGGAUCUGGACUACAUAGAGGGUCGCAUGAACAGCAUCGGCAAGAACCCGAAAGGUGGCGAUGGACGGGCUGCAAGCGCUUCAACCCAAGGAACCUCAGUGGCUGCCUUCUCAGCCUCGUAUCCUCUGCGCGUGGUGCAUCAGAUGGCCAGUGGAUCAUUGGCUGCUCGAGCUGGCAUCGUGGAAAGCAUGCCUGUUGCCGCGCAAGUUAGAUCCUUGUAUGAAGUGGGUGUGCUUCGCGGCAGCGGAGCCACCUACCUUUAUCAUCAGACGGAAGACUUGGCCUGGGACUUGAACUUUCAGGGAGUCUCGCUGCGCUCACACCUGCUGUUGUCGCCGCCGGCACAGCUGGUGGCGGUGGCAAGCAAAGAGGGAGGCCCUUUCGUGGCAUGUGGCGCCUUGUCUCGCCUCAAUCGGUGGACCUGCGGCACGUCCGGCAUCACGCUCGACGCGCGCAGCGCGUUCCACGGCGGCGCGCUUCCCGGUGGGACGGCCGCGGCCUGGCGGGCGCAGCGCUGGCGCUUCCGCUUCAGCGCCGCGGUGCCUGCGGCCGUGCUGGUGUCGGCAUGGCUGCCCAACGCGCUCGUGGAAGGCCACGUGGACGGCUCCCCCAUCGUGAGCCGCCGCCGGCCGCCGCUGGCGCGCCUGGCGGCCACAGCGACGGCCAGCAGCGCGUUUCCGGGGCGCGGACCGGAGAGGCUCCUGGAUGAUGACAGCGAGACGGAGUGGUUUGCGGCCAAGGGCAAGACAAGUGCUUGGAUUCAGCUGGACUUCGGAUGUGACAAGAAGAUCACCUCUGUGGCAUGGACCUGGUGGGCCAAAUCCAUGGCUGAUGAAUGGCUCUUAGAGAGCAAAUCCACCGGCGAUGAAACAUGGACCUUGCGUCGCAGCAGCGUCCGCGACGGCGUGAGUGCAGCGCCUUCCGACUUCAACGCGGAGGCGGAACUGGAAGGGUGGCCCGAGGAGCCCAGUCGCUGGGUGAGGCUCACCAUGCAGAAGGGCCAUCUGGACCCCUGGAACUUUGGUGUCUUCUUCGGCCUUCGCUCCUUCACCGCCACCGGUCGCGACGACUUCGCAGCGGACGGCGCGCGCGCCGCCUGGCCAGGUGCCCUGCGCGGAGCGGCGCCGGGGCUCUGGUUCGCGCUGGAGCAUCCCCGCGCGCGCUGCGAGGUGGACGGUGCCGCGCGGCGCCUGAGCCCUGAAGAGCCAGAGGUGUGGCGACUGGCCAGGUGCACCUUACGCCUGGCCGAGCGCGUUGCUGGCAACGCCCACGCGAACCACGCGGUUCACGGUGGCAUUGAGGAGUACCUGGAGGAGGUACGUGGGUGGCCCUUCGGGCAGAUCUUGCAUUACAACAGCUGGUACGACCUCCGCUCCCCGUCCUGCGACGCUGCCGAUCGACGCUGCUUUGCGCACGAGAUGGGCGAGAAGAACUGUGCUGAUCGGCUGAAGGUCUUCAAUGGGAACCUGAGCCAUUGGACUGCCGAGCACCACUUAGACGCCUUCCUCUUGGACGAUGGCUGGGACAACCCCGACAGCUUGUGGGAGGUGGAUGAUGCCCGGUUUCCUGAGGGCUUUGCGCCGCUGGUGCGCCACGCCAAGCAGAUGGGCACUCGACUGGGCGUCGCUUUGCUGCGCAGAUCGGGGGGGGGCGACGACACCGUGAAGGUCUGGAUGUCUCCCUUCGGCGGCUACGGCGCGGCCGGCGCCCGGCGCGUGCGCUUCGGCGCGGCGAAGGGCUUCGAGCGCAGCAAGCGCGGGAGCUUCGCGCUGGCAGGGCCCAAGUACUUUCAGAACUUUCAGGCGAAGGUGAAGCAACGGAUCUCCGAAGGCUUUGGCAUCUUCAAGUUCGACGGCUUAGGCGGUGGCUUGGGCCAGAGCGGCGGCGAGGAGGAUCGCAACGACUUUGAGGCCAUGCUCUCCCUGCUCGAGGCCCCAUCAGAGCGAGAUGGAAGCAGAAAACGGGAGGCAAACCGGUUUCAGGGGAUUUCCUUCUGA